GUGUGUGUGUGUUGUGUUUGUGCGUGUGCGUGUGCGCGCGCGCGCCUCACAGAAACAGGACAGGCGCGUCAGUGCCGAGGAAAGGAGAAGGCGUAGACUUCCUCCAAACAUUUCCUCCGCCAUCUCCGCCUGCUGCCAGACUCACAAGAGAAGAGAGAAGAGAGAAGAGAGGCGGACGGAUCUUUAGUCAGCGACAGCACUUCUCCUUCUUCUUCUCCUUCUUCUCCUUCUUCUUCUUCUUCUCCUCCUCCUCCUCCUCCUCGUCCUGGCUCCGGACACCUGGGCGCAGCGGGGCGAAGCGACACCGGACUGCUCCUCUUCCCCUUUUCACUAUCAUUCCCCGGACAUCGGAACUUCUGCAGACAUGGACUGGGGAACGGAUCUGUGGGACCAGUACGACGUCAUCGACAAGCACACGCAGUCGGGCCUCGACCUGGUGGACCGCUACAUCAAGUUCGUGAAGGAGCGGACGGAGAUAGAACAGAGCUACGCCAAGCAACUCAGGAGUCUAACAAAGAAGUACGCCAAACGAGGGAGCAAAGAAGAGCAAGAGUGCAAAUUCAGCAAUCACGCGUCAUUCCAGGAGAUCCUGUACGAGCUGAACGACUACGCCGGCCAGCGGGAGCUCAUCGCCGAGAACAUGAUGACCGGCAUCUGCGUCGAACUCACCAAGUACAUCCAGGAUCUCAAACUCGAACGGAAAACACACCUGUCAGAUGCCAAGAAGGCCCAGCAGACUUUAGAGGGCAGCUUCAAAAGCCUAGAAAGUACUAAGAAGCGAUUUGCGAAGGAGUGGGCGGAGGCUGAUAAAGCCACGCAACAAGCAGAGAAGACAGAAAGCGACGUCAACGCCACCAGACUCGAGGUCGACAAGGCCAAGCAGCAUGCCCACGCCCGCACGCACACAGCGGAGGAGUGCAGGAACGACUACGCGGCACAGCUCCAGAAAUACAACAAGGAGCAAAACUUCUUCUACUACUCGGAGAUACCGCAGAUCUUCAACAAACUGCAGGACAUGGAUGAGCGGAGGAUCCGGCGGCUGGCGGAGGGCUACUGCCAGUUCUCGGACAUUGAAAAGAAGGUGCUGCCCAUCAUCUCCAAGUGCCUAGAGGGAAUUUCAACGGCGGGAGUGAAAAUUCAGGAGAAACAGGACUCGAUACUGUUCAUAGAGCAGCACAAGUCUGGCUUCGAGCGGCCCGCGGAUGUGGACUUUGAAGACUACACUCAGGGAAUCAAACCGGCAACCUCCGACUCCAGCCUCAACCCGCCCAAAGUCCGCGUCAAGCUCUGGCCUUUCAGCAAAAAGAACAAGAUAUCUCACGCUGAAAAGCACAUGCCGACGGCAGCAGAAGAUUUCUCUCACCUUCCUCCGGAGCAGAGGAAGAAGAGGCUGCAAGCGAAGAUUGAUGAAAUCAGCAAGGAGCUGCAGAAGACGCAGGACCAGAGCGACGCGCUGGAGAAGAUGAAGGGCGUGUACGAGCGGAAUCCGCAGAUGGGAGACCCCUCCAGUCUGGAGCCGCAGAUCACGGAGACGACCCAGAACAUCGGGCGCCUGAGGGGGGAGCUCGCCAAAUAUGAGUCGUGGCUGUCGGAGGCCGUGGGAGGAGAGGAAUCUGCCAACGCCAUCAACAAUAAUACUCAGCACGGCGUUGUUGCAGCCAACCAGUCCCACAACAUCUACACGGAGUUUGAAGAUGAGUUCGACGACGUAGAAUCUCCUAUUGGCCAGUGCACGGCUCUGUACACCUUCGAAGGCAACAGUGAGGGCACCAUUUCCGUCACAGAGGGAGAAAUGUUGAGCAUAAUGGAGGAGGAUAAAGGAGACGGCUGGAUGAGAGUCCUCAGAGCCAGUGGAGAGGAGGGCUAUAUACCGUCGUCCUAUGUCAAGACCUCUCCCUAACACCCACACACACACAAACACACCUACACACUCUCACACACACACACACACACACAUUUAAAGCUUGUGAUGGAAGUUCGGCGAAAGGGAGAAAAACAAGGUCGUGCGCGAUAAUUGGAGCUGCUCUCUUUCGUCCUGUAUCUCAGCCAGUGACACGUACAGUGAGGUGGAAAGCGAGCGAGGCUCCCGUUGUCGAGGUGUCGCCCUCUGAACGCCCGACCGUCAGUGCGGCCGGAGCGCUAAAAUCGAUUCUCCCCGCUCUUUUCGAGCCAAACUUUUCUUGAAUGUAGACCUGAACGUGUCUCCGUCACAGGUGACAUGCGACGACUCGCGUGGCAUAUUCAGCAUCACCGUGGCUCUGACGCUACAUUUCCUCGUGCCCUUAUAUCUUCUCCAUCAUUCCCGAUGCGAUUCCUGAUAAGCUGCUGAACUUCCCCCCCCCCCUUUUUGUUUUUUUUUCUAACUCCGGCCUUCUGCUAUAGCCUCUUUCCUGACAUGAUAAUGUGAGUUGUUGUUUUGUUUUUGAAAUCAUGGUGAUGUGAUGUUUUAUGACUUAUAACUGGAUGAAAAAACCACUACUCCAUAGUGUGUGCACUAAAUGUAAAAUCUCUCAAUGGACUGUAACAGCAAAGGAUAGGUUCACAUUUUGUUAAUGUCUCUUAAAACAAUAAGAGGAGGUGCCCAGAGGAGCAGUGGAUCAGUUUCUGAUCCUUCCUCAUACGCUGCCAGUGUUAAGUGAUGGAAAAUCUACAAUCCUUGCUCUGUGCAAAAAUGCAUUUCAAAGUAUGGCCGGGUGAUUUUAAGACGCUAUCUAUAUUCCAAAGUUUCUGUGCUUUUCAAUGCAAAAGCCAUUGUUUUUUGAAAAGAGGAAUUUUUGCACUGUAAGAGACUGUUUCUUUGGAGGGUACCCACCUGAUGAGUCAGACUUCUGACACGUUAAAGGGGCAGCAGGCGUCUUUGGAAGGAAGCUUGAUUCCCUCUUUGUUGUUGUAGUUGAUGACUUUACUUAGCUGAACCCGCAGCCUCAGGUAUGGGCGAACCGACGCGCUAACCACUAGGUAGCUGCGGUAGCCGCGUUCCGUAGCACGUCUCUCGACGUGACGCAGAGGGAUGUUUACAAACCGCACACGCGGGGUUGUGUGGUGCGGUCCGCACCAGUUUUUUUUUGUUUUUUUUCUCGACAUACAGCGCCAGGGGCUGAGCCGAAAAACCCGGAUGAUUUUUUUCCCGCGCACACACGGAACCGACAGCUGACGGUAAUAUUCACAGACUUUUACCAUUUAGAAUCGCUUACUGCCCCUUUAACUUCAAGGAAACAUUGGAAUAACGUUUUACACAGAAUAAGGACCGGAGAUAUAAGUGCGUUAGGAUUUAUUCACGGCCAGUAUGACCAGGAGGAGUCAUUACAGAGGACAAAGAAACUGCUCUGUUGUACGUUUGGGCUUGUGUUUAUUACUUUUAGUCAGACUUGGAAAAUGUGAACUUAUCUUUUAACUCUAUAUGAUACAUUGCAGUUCACUUUCUCUAGUACUUUUGCGAGAAAAACUUCUUUGCAAAUAUUUUUUUUUUUUUAUGUGUGUGAAAUUUAAAAGCACAACAGUUUAAAAUGAUCAAAGUUCAAAUGUACAGAAUUGAUCAUUGUAUGAUUCCUGUGAACUGCCUGUAUUUGAGGUCUGACGCCUCCGUGCUGCUCCGGAGAUCAUUACGUAGCACUGACAGAGAAAAACAAAUCUGAUUGUAGGUGCAACUCAAAGGUAGAUAGUAGGCAAAUACUCCAGCCUCCGUUUCGCUUUCCAGUGUUGCACAAAAGUGACUGGAAUUUUGGGGUUGAGCAGUCUCAGUUCUGGUGACUAGGACGUUAUUUCUUUUCUUCCAUGUUCUGGUUUUAAACGUCUUAACCACCUGUUUUUUCUUUAUGUUGUGAGCCUCCCGACCUCCGACUCUCACUCUGCCCCCUCUCAAAUCCUCUGAAACCGUGGCCAUAACUAUUUCAUACUUGAAAUCCAGAUGACGUGUUCAACCAUAUUUCAAAAGUUUUUUGAGAUUUAGCUACUCAUCGCAAAGAGUGAUGAAUUGUAACAAAAUGAUGUUUAAGACUUUAAAAACAAGUUUUUACGACAUAAAUAUACUAAAUGCUGAUGUGUAAUAUAAGUUUUCCACAUCAAAAACAAAAAUUAACUUAAAAAAUGUAAUUAUUACAUCUGCUCUUUAUCCCUCAUUGAAGAAUCUAUAAUCUAUAAAUUGACAUAUAUUAGUUACACUACAGUUGAUUCUACAAGAGGGUUCAAGUGUAGAGAUGAUAACUGCCUCCCAGUGUCAAAUUCAGGAGACGCAGCAUCCGAGAGACAAGAAGCACCAUGAUUUUUAUGUGGAGACAUAAGGUUUAAGAUUUUAUUUAAGUUUACCCAUCUCUUUCUGUACCAUUCUUUCCCUGCACUAGUAAAAGUUUUCUCAACAUUUAA